UGCUCUCUCCCUCCCUUGCUCCCUGAGUUAGUGUGAUUCUCUAGUGGAGAUGUGGAGUGUCCUUCUUUCUCUCUCUCUGUUUCUCCAGCCUAAUUCAGCUGAGGAAGUGAUGCUGCUGGACACGACAGAGUCUACCUCAGAGCUGGGCUGGACUACCUAUCCUGACACUGGGUGGGAUGAGGUCAGUGUCCUGGAUGACCGGGGAAAACUAAUCCGGACCUUUGAGGUCUGCAACGUCAACCAGAACCCCCGUCCUCAGGACAACUGGCUGGCCACACCCUUCCUGUUACGCUACUCAGCGCCCCGCGUCUUUGUGACGCUGCGUUUCUCCGUGCGGGACUGCGCCAGCCUUCGCUCACCCUCGCCGUCCUGCCGGGAGACGCUCACCCUGUACUACAAGCAGGCGGACUCGCAGAGAGAGCUGGAGAGGACAUGGGCUGCAGAGCCAUCCAGUGGGGAGAAGGAGACGAGGGAGGGCUGGGUGAAGAUCGAUACCAUAGCAGCAGAUAAGAGUUUUACCAAGGUGGAGCCCAGUCUGCCUCACCAGUACCAACCAGACCGCUACCGGCGUGUCAACAUCAAGACCCGCAGCUUCGCUCCACUCACACGCAAUGGAUUUGUGCUGGCGAUUGUAGACAGUGGUGCCUGCGUCUCUCUAAUGGGCGUGUCCGUCUUCUACCGCCGCUGCCCAGCAACUAAUCUCUACCUGGCUUCUUACCCGGCCACACCCUCAGGGGCGGAGCCCACAGCCUUGGUACCUGUGAGUGGGACGUGUGUUCCCCACAGUGUAGCACAAGGAGGCUCCGCCCCUCGUAUGCACUGCAACGCAGAAGGGGAAUGGAUGGUGCCUGUGGGCGGGUGCAUCUGUGAAGAGGGAUACGAGCCCAAUCACAACGGAUCUGCAUGCUUAGCAUGUCCGGUGGGGUACUUUAAGUCAGUGUUGGGGUCCAUUCCAUGUUCAGUAUGUCCGGCUAACAGCAGAACUAGUCAGGAGGGAUCUCGAAUGUGUGAGUGUCGUAGCGGCUUCUACAGAGCGCCUGCCGACGUCAACUCCUCAGCCUGCACAGGCCCUCCUUCUGCCCCGACCUCUGUCUCCUGGGAGUAUGAGAGUGGUGACGGCGGGGUGUCACUGCGCUGGCGCCCUCCAGUGGACAUGGGUGGUCGUAGCGAGGUCCUGUAUGGGGUGGUGUGUAGAAUCUGUCCCUCAGCCACGUUUACAACCCCGGGGGGGUGCUCCUGGUGUGGCGAGACAGUCACUUUCACACCCUCCCAGACGGGCCUGAAGCAGACCAAGGUCACCCUCAACAACCUGCUCACCAGAGUCACCUACCUCAUACAGGUACAAGCGGUCAAUGAUGUCUCAGCUCUAAGUCCUUUCCCGCCUAGAUUCACAAGCAUCAAUUUCACUACCAGCCAGUCAGUACCCUCUCCGGUCCCUAGCCUGCACCAGCUGAGUCGAGCCCCAGACUCCAUCACUCUAUCCUGGCCACAGCCUGACAGACCCAAUGGAGACAUCCUGGAGUACCAGCUCAGAUACUAUGACAAGGGAUCAGAUGAGGACAGUGCUGUGAGUGUGUUUAGUGAGACCAACACAGUGACGGUCAGCUCUCUGGCUCCUGGCUCCAUCUAUGCCUUCCAGAUCAGGGCCCGCAACGAGAGGGGCUACGGGCCCUACAGUCACACCAUCUACUUCACCACUUUGGCCCUGGAGGAGCGUUCCAAGCAGAUCCAGAAUCGCCUCCCUUUAUUGGUCGGUUCUGUAAUGGGUGGGGCAGCCUUCCUCCUAGUGGUCGUGGCGAUAGUGGUCGUUUUCGUGUUCCGCAGUAAGAGGAGAGAGAGCCCCUACAGUGACAGACUCCAGAGGUACAUCAGCCACAAAGGGGGGGUCAAGUACUACGUAGACCCAUCCACCUACGAGGACCCUAGUGAGGCAGUCAAGGAGUUUGCCCGCGAGAUUGACCCCGCUCAUCUUAAGAUAGAAGAGGUGAUAGGUGCAGCCCAGUUUGGGGAGGUUUCUCGGGGGCGCUACCGGCCCCUGGGGCGAAGGGAGGUUUUGGUGGCGGUGAAGACACUGCGUUGGGGUGUGACUGACAGAGAGAAGGCAGUGUUUAUGAGCGAAGCUGGAGUGCUCGGACAGUUUGACCACCCCAACGUGCUGAAGUUGGAAGGGGUGGUCACUCGGAGUCCCCCAGAGAGGAUCAUCACUGAAUUCAUGGAGAAUGGACCGCUGGAUGCCUUUCUCAGGGAGAAUGAGGACCAGUUCAGUGUCCUCCAGCUGGUAGGCAUGGUGAGGGGUGUGGGGGCCGGGAUGAGGUACCUCUCUGAGAGGAACUUUGUCCACCGGGACCUGGCAGCCAGGAACGUGCUGGUCAACUCUAACUUGGUGUGCAAGGUGUCUGACUUCGGCCUUUCGCGCCUCAUGAGGGGUUUGGACCACAACAUGCCUACCUACACCGCCUCACUGGGAAGUAAGAUUCCUGUCAGGUGGACAGCCCCAGAGGCCUUCCAGCAUCGCAAGUUUAGCUCAGCCAGUGAUGUCUGGAGCUUCGGAGUGCUUAUGUGGGAAGUGAUGUCAUAUGGCGAGCGGCCAUACUGGGACAUGAGCAACCAGGAAGUCAUGAAGGCUGUGGCAGACCAAUACCGUCUCCCAGCCCCCCAUAACUGUCCCCCGGCGCUGCACUCCCUCAUGCUGCAGUGUUGGCAGGCUGAGAGGGCUGACCGCCUGGGCUUUGACUCCCUCCUGUCUUCCCUGGACAGGCUCAUACGACACCCUGCCUCCCUUAAGGCAGAGCAUCCCCGCUCCAGCCAGCCUCUGCUGAGCCCCACUCCCACAGACCUGUCAUCCGUAGCCACGGUCGGUGAGUGGCUGACAGCGCUGAGGAUGGACAGGUAUAAGGACCAGUUUGAGAGGGCACACCUGGACACACUGGACAGAGUCAGCAGGCUAACCAUGGAGGAUGUGCAGAACCUUGGGGUGAACCUGUUGGGUCACCAGAGGAAGAUCACCAAUGCAGCCCUGCAGCUCAGAACCCACCUGACCCAAGGCCAGGUGGAGGUCUAGAACCCACCGAUCCCUAAACAGGAACAAAUAGAGAGGUGCACUACGGGAGAUACGCAGUAGUCCAAGUUAAAGUGAGAUCUGGGAGAAGAAUGGCUGAAGAGGAACAGUAACAUGUGAGCGGGAGAAGUGUUCAGUAAUGUGUUGUAUUUCACUAGUUUGCGGUUGCUUAUCUUGUGUCUAACUCUUUACCAUUCUCUACCUCUCUCCUGCUCUUUUCUUUCUUACACUUCUCUCAUGUUGUCUCACAAAUAUCCCUCCCCUUUUCACAAGACAUGUCUCACCACAUUCAUUGGAUCGAUGAAAACCGUGAACAUUUAUUUUUUACCAGAUCAUAGAGAUCUCCCACCAUAAGCAAAUGACAAUCAAAGACUGUUUCUGCGGACUAAUGUCAAUAUAAUGAACAUUGUUUUGAUUAUUUGUUACGAUAUACUUCAGCUACUAUGUACAGAAAAUGUUGUACUCUGUUGACAAAACAUUAGCCAAUGGUUUCUCUCAUUGGUCACUUGCCUGGUCACUUGUAUGAGGAUUAGACUUGAAAAUGGGGGUGUAGCUUUCGUCCUGACCGAAUGGAGUCAUACACUGUUGAGCUUCACCCCCCUGUUGGUGUUUUUCUCACUGUUCACGUUUCUUUGUUUUGAUAGGUAUAGUACAGUCACUGAGUCAUUUGAGCAUUGCAAAUGUGAAAUGGUUUAGAUGGACUUUGUAUGUGUGAUGUGAUUGCUAAUGGAAGUAAGGAAGGGAAUGUUAUGCUUUGUGAGUAUUCUGUGUCGAUGUUCAUGAGUGUAUGUUACGUGAGGCUGUGUGCGCGUGUGCGCGUGUGUGUGAGUGAGAUGGCUUAUAGGUACAUGCGUGAGUGUGUAUGUGUGCUUGACUAUGAGUUAUGUGCAUGCCGUUGUGUGUGAGUAGAGGGUGGGUGUAUGCUGUGUAAUAAUGUUUGAAUGUAUGCACUUGAGUAGGUUUGUUCAUUUGGGUGUUAACUAGGGAUGGGCACUAAUAUGGAAAGUCCAUAACGAUAUUAGUUGCAUUUUUAAACAUUAAAUUGAUAUCAUAUCAAUUUGCAAAACAUGAAAACCAAAAAAAUAUCCACCCUUAUGUUCUGGCCACAGUAGUUAUUCUCUCUAUCUGCUCUGAAAAAAGCAGACAGUGGCUGUCGAGCUAGACCUAAACUGAAGAAAAAUAACUAGCUCUACCUCUUCAACAAAUCUGUAUUUAAAUGUAUUUAACGUUAUUGUUUCCCCUUCCAUAUCUGUUUCAUUACUGCAGAUGUAACCCUUGACCCUCCAGUAGCAGUGUUUGUUGUUUCUGAGACCGCUCUCAGACUUGGGUACAUUUGUACUCAGUCUUGAACAGUGAGGACUCGUAAUUUCUUCCAAAGACCAGCUGAGACCAGCUGUGUAAUAAUUCACCCAAAAUUAUCAAGAUCAACAGGUGCUAUAUUUUUUCCGAAGCCACCCUGCAGCCAUGAGCGCUGUCUGAUCAGUGCACACACUUCAUUCUUCAUCAUUUCGGCUAUCAUGUACAACCCCGUUUCCAAAAAAGUUGGGACACUGUGGACAAUGCAAAUAUGAACAGAAUGCAAUGAUGUGCAAAUAAUUGUUCCUUAUAC